AUGAUGAUUGAGACGCGACCAGUCGCCCGGCGGAUCAGCUCAAUUUGCGAAAGCGCAUUUUGCCUCAGACUCACGGAGUUGAAAAUCGAGGAACAUACUCUCGUGGGAAACAGCACAAGACUAGAGUGCAAAUAUGACCUACAGGGUGAAAAAUUGUACACGGUAAAAUGGUACAAAGACGGGAACGAGUUUUAUAGAUUCCUGCCCGGGGAAUCUCCAGAAGUACAAGUGUUUGAUGUUACGGGAGUGCACGUUGAUGAGAAACAGUCAACUGCAGAAAGCGUUGUUUUGAGGCCCCUGGAAUUGGCGAGUAGCGGCAAAUACCGCUGUGAAGUCUCAGCCGAAGCGCCGUCGUUCCAAACGGUCACCAAUCACAGCUCUAUGCUUACAGUUGCCCCACCCGACGAAGGACCUCGCAUAUCUGGCGGCCAGGAUAGGUACAAGCCAGGCGACACUGUCAACGUGAACUGCACCUCUGGGAGAUCAAAACCCGCCGUACAGCUGGCCUGGUACAUCAACGGUGAACAGGUAAACUCUUCGUAUCUGCGGGGCCCGUACACGGAUUACGUCGGUCGCGAGGGGCUGAUGGUCACCACGCUGGGCCUCAAGUUCGAGGCUGGGAUGCAGCACUUCCGGUUGCCGGGCUCCGGUGGCCACCAGCAGCACCGGAACAGGCUCGACCGGGACAUGAAACUCAAAUGCGUGGCCACGCUGGGCACCGUAUACUGGAAGUCGAAGGAGCAGAGCGCUCUGGCGCACCGGCCGCGGCCCGUCCCUGGACUACCAUUGCCGGCUGCCGAUGAUGGAUUGGUAGGGGGUGACGAACAGGACGCUGACUCCAGGGCUGAUCCGGUUCACGCAUCGAGCAACUCGCCUUCCAUAAACAUUGCUCAAUCACUGAACAUCAACGAGAUCGCGGUCUACGUGUCAGCAUCAUUGUUUAUUGUACUUCUACGGUAG